UGCACACAAGUAGCCGAUCCCCAAACAUGGUGUCGUCUCGCUAUCCGCUACCCACCAAGGGCCCCAUAUCCACUCACCAAUCUUGUUCAUACACGCCUUUUAUUAUUCCCAGCAAGCAGGUCCGCCAAGGGGCCUCGCCAAUUGAACCAUCAGCCGUUGGCCAGGUUGGCUGACGACCCGGCGCGCAAGCAGGAGGCGCUUCAAUUCACCCGAAAUUACAAAAAGUGCAGUCGCCCGUAAUUGUUGUUUACAUAUCAAUCAUGGCGUCUCCAAAUUCACAGUCGACAUCACCGGCAAAUAUCUCAACCCCCGUCCCUUUUCCGCAGCCUGAAGGCCUUCACGAUAGCUCAAAGGGCAAACAACGCGCACGAACUUCGACCAAUGCCUCAUCAGCGUCAAGCAGAAUACGGAGCGCGAGCGUAAAGCUCAUGGAGGCGGACCCUCCGCCGGGCAUGUGGGCUGCUACAGGCAGCGUUGCAUCGAAGGCGCCUUCACUGGUAGACAUUAGGAGAGGGUCAUUUGGUUCUGAAGGCUGGGACGCGCAAAAACAGAAGGCACACCGUCGAGACAGUCAUGAAAGCAGCGAACGGCCCGCCAACAACAGGAAGGGGUCGUCCGGCAAACUAGGCGUGGAGCCCUUCCCAGCACUAACAGAGGAGAGGCCAUCAUUCGAGACUCGCGAACGCGUGCCCAGCUACGACGGCCAAAACGAUGCUAGGGAGGUUGGAACUGGCAUUAAGCCUAUGACAUCACACUUGACUGAUAAGAGUGAGGAAGCUGCAGUCCGCCAACCAUUACGCAGCUCAGGCCAGUAUGCGAACAGAUACAUACCACCGCCCAAGCUGCCGUGGACGCAAGCCUUCGUUAUCGGCUUGAAAGGGUUCUGGAAGUGGUUCCUGACCAUUCCCGGGUUCUUGGUAACAGUGUACGGCCUCAAUGUUGUCGCUUGGGGUGGCAUGCUCUUCCUACUCCUCUGCAAUGCUGCUCCCGCCAUGUGCACACCUACUUGUGACGACAUCAACUCUCCGCGGAGGAUCUGGGUUGAGAUUGACUCGCAAAUUCUGAAUGCGCUCUUCUGUGUCACUGGCUUCGGUCUUGCUCCGUGGAGAUUUCGCGAUCUAUAUUGGUGGGCACAUUGGAGGCUUGGAGGUUCCCAAAAGAAGCUGGUCGGCAUUCGACGACUUGCUGGCAUACAUCGAGGAUGGUUUCGACUCCCCGGUUCUGAACGACUCCCUGAAGAAGCAGAUGCCACAAAGGUCAACUCUGAGGACUCAGCCGUACCGAUUCCGGCUAGCAAGAUCCCCGACCCACCGCCAACUGGCUGUCGUGCAUCACCGACCACCUUCUGGAAGAUGGAUUUUGUGCUGUGGAUGAACGCCUCAAAUACUUUCUUCCAGGUCGUGCUAUGCUUCUACAUGUGGCACUACGACCGCAUCCAAAGACCGUCUUGGGCAACUGGGCUUUUCGUUGCUUUAGGUUGCAUCGUGGCAGGAGUUGCAGGCAUAAUGAUCGCCGUCGAGGGGAAGAGGAUCAAGAAGGUGGAGGGCGUGCCUAUGCGCAAGGAGGACCAAGACAGGCGGACAGAUGAGGAAGCACAGAGUGCCCAAAAUGUACCGCUUGUAUCUUAUUUUGGCGCUGCCUCGAAGGCAUGAUGAGCGCCCAGGCAGUUCGCAUCUGCAGAGUGUACGGAUAGCUACUCUGAUUGGCUCGGGACAGUCCUUCCCUCGUCUUGGCGCAGACGUUGGGUCCUCUACCUUACGUCGCGUGUGGCGAGAAUCUGGAAGUCUGUUGAGCCAGCACUGAGUGCAGAGAUGAGAUAAAUUGGGAUAUUAUCUAUAUAUGAGCAGAAGGCUGCCUAUCUAUGGGCAGCAGAAACAAAGAGGCUUGGUCUGUCUUAGACAGCAAGACAAC